AUGCCUCAGAACGAGUACAUUGAAGAGUCCAUUCGAGUCAGUCCUGGCUCCCGUUCCAUUCAUGUGGUCACAGUUCGUGUACUGACACCUCUGGCUGCUUCGUCACCUCCCCUCCCCCAUCUCCCCAUCUCCCCCCCUCCGCCGACCUUUCACCUCCCACAGCGCAAUGGUCGUCGAAUGGAUCACGAAGAACGUACUCGUAAAAAGACGGCUCGUCAAGCGCACAAGCAAUCCCAAAUGGCGCAAACCUUACACGGCCACAAGGCCAAACUUCUCCACGCCCGUCGUUACGCCGAGAAGGUGCAGAUGAAAAAGACGAUCAAAGCCCACGAAGAGAGGGACGUUAAAACGAAGGACAAGGACGUCAUGCCCGAAGGAGCGUUGCCGACUUAUUUGUUGGAUCGGGAAGGACAGAAUGAUGCGAAGGCGCUCAGUUCGGCGGUGAAGCAGAAGAGGAAGGAGAAGGCAGGUAAAUUCGCGGUCCCGUUGCCCAAGGUCAGGGGUAUUGCAGAGGAUGAGAUGUUCAAGGUCGUCAAGACGGGAAAGACCAAGAGGAAGGGGUGGAAGAGGAUGGUCACCAAGGCCACCUUUGUGGGCGAAGUAAGGCAGAAUCGAGCAACAGUUCAAGUCGUGCUCGAGCUGAUCGGUUGGCCUUCUGUUGACAGGACUUUACCCGAAAACCGCCCAAGUUGGAACGCUUCAUCCGACCUUCCGCGCUCCGAGUCAAGAAGGCCAACGUCACCCAUCGUCAGUUCCGAAGCAGAAACACUCGGCAGACCUAGCCCACAUUGCUUACGCCUCCAUCUCACCUCUUCUCACAGCCGAACUGAAAGCCACGUUCCAACUGCCCAUCAUUGGCGUCAAGAAGAACCCCCAAUCACCGAUGGUCAGUGCUGCCGCAAAACACGCAGAUGAUUCAAAACGCCUCGGGAAGUUUCUGACCCUUUUCUUGCCGUUAUUUUCCGUCCACAGUACACGCAAUUGGGUGUCUUGACAAAAGGUACCGUCAUCGAAGUCAACGUCUCGGAAUUGGGUCUCGUCACGUGAGUUUCAGCAAUGUUGGGCACAAACCAAUUGAGUCGAAUCUGACCACAUUCCCCUUCGGUCGUUCCCAACAGUACUGGCGGUAAAGUCGUUUGGGGUAAAUACGUAAGCCUAUUCAUACUUUUAAAGUCACCGUAGCUCUCGAAAGCAACAUCACUGAUACCUAUUGACCCUCCUCAAUAAAGGCACAAGUCACCAACAACCCCGAAUUGGACGGUUGCGUCAACGCCGUGCUCCUCGUCUAA